AUGACAUCGACGGGGAAGGACGGCGGCGGGGCGCAGCACGCGCAGUAUGUGGGGCCCUACCGGCUGGAGAAGACGCUGGGCAAGGGGCAGACAGGCCUGGUGAAGCUGGGAAUCCACUGUGUCACCUGCCAGAAGGUCGCCAUCAAAAUUGUCAACCGCGAGAAGCUCAGUGAGUCGGUGCUGAUGAAGGUGGAGCGAGAGAUUGCCAUCUUGAAGCUCAUCGAACAUCCCCAUGUCCUGAAGCUGCAUGACGUCUAUGAAAACAAAAAAUAUUUAUACCUGGUGCUAGAACAUGUGUCUGGGGGGGAGCUGUUUGACUACCUGGUGAAGAAGGGACGGCUGACCCCCAAGGAAGCCCGCAAGUUCUUCCGGCAGAUCAUCUCUGCACUGGACUUCUGCCACAGUCACUCCAUAUGCCAUAGAGACUUGAAGCCAGAGAACCUGCUGCUGGAUGAGAGGAACAACAUUCGUAUAGCAGACUUUGGCAUGGCAUCCCUGCAGGUGGGAGACAGCCUGCUGGAGACCAGCUGUGGAUCCCCACACUAUGCCUGUCCGGAAGUGAUUCGGGGCGAGAAGUAUGACGGCCGCAAGGCAGACGUGUGGAGCUGCGGUGUGAUCCUGUUCGCCCUGCUGGUGGGGGCUCUGCCUUUCGAUGAUGACAACCUGCGGCAGUUGCUGGAGAAGGUCAAGCGUGGCGUGUUCCACAUGCCACACUUUAUCCCGCCAGACUGCCAGAGUCUCCUGCGUGGCAUGAUUGAGGUGGAUGCAGCUCGGCGCCUCACGCUAGAGCACAUUCAGAAACACAUAUGGUAUAUAGGAGGCAAGAAUGAGCCAGAGCCGGAACAGCCUAUCCCACGCAAGGUUCAGAUCCGCUCACUGCCCAGCCUGGAAGACAUUGACCCCGAUGUGUUGGAUAGCAUGCAUUCGCUGGGCUGCUUCCGAGACCGCAACAAGCUGCUGCAGGACCUGCUAUCUGAGGAGGAGAAUCAGGAAAAGAUGAUCUAUUUCCUCCUCCUGGACCGGAAAGAACGGUAUCCCAGCCAUGAGGAUGAGGACCUGCCUCCCAGGAAUGAGAUAGACCCUCCCCGGAAGCGUGUGGACUCCCCGAUGCUGAACCGGCAUGGCAAGCGACGACCUGAGCGCAAGUCCAUGGAAGUGCUCAGUGUAACAGAUGGUGGCUCCCCGGUGCCUGCACGGAGAGCCAUUGAAAUGGCCCAGCACGGCCAGAGGUCUCGCUCCAUCAGCGGCGCCUCCUCAGGCCUUUCUACGAGUCCUCUCAGCAGUCCUCGGGUGACCCCUCACCCCUCACCAAGGGGUAGUCCCCUUCCUACCCCCAAAGGGACGCCUGUCCACACGCCAAAGGAGAGCCCAGCUGGCACACCAAACCCCACACCACCAUCCAGUCCUAGUGUUGGAGGGGUGCCCUGGCGGACACGGCUCAACUCCAUCAAGAAUAGCUUCCUGGGCUCACCUCGCUUCCACCGCCGGAAACUGCAAGUUCCCACGCCAGAGGAGAUGUCCAACCUGACCCCAGAGUCCUCUCCAGAGCUGGCCAAGAAAUCAUGGUUCGGGAACUUCAUUAACCUGGAGAAGGAGGAACAGAUCUUUGUGGUGAUCAAGGACAAGCCCCUGAGCUCCAUCAAGGCUGACAUCGUCCAUGCCUUCCUGUCGAUACCCAGCCUCAGCCACAGCGUCAUCUCCCAGACAAGCUUCCGGGCUGAAUACAAAGCAACAGGGGGCCCAGCAGUGUUCCAGAAGCCAGUCAAGUUCCAGGUGGAUAUCACUUACACUGAGGGUGGAGAGGCCCAGAAAGAGAACGGCAUCUACUCAGUCACAUUCACUUUGCUCUCAGGCCCCAGUCGCCGCUUCAAGAGGGUGGUGGAGACCAUCCAGGCCCAGCUGUUGAGCACCCAUGACCAGCCAUCAGCCCAGCACCUGUCAGACAACACUAACUGUAUGGAGGUGAUGACGGGGCGGCUUUCCAAAUGUGGCACCCCAUUGAGUAACUUCUUUGACGUAAUUAAACAACUUUUUUCAGACGAGAAGAACGGGCAGGCGGCCCAGGCCCCCAGCACACCCGCCAAGCGGAGUGCCCACGGCCCCCUGGGUGACUCCGCGGCCGCUGGCCCUGGAGGGGACACCGAGUACCCGAUGGGCAAGGACAUGGCCAAGAUGGGGCCGCCCGCCGCCCACCGUGAGCAGCCUUAG